CCAGUUACCAUAUUCUAAAGAUCAGCCAAAAACUCAUAUGUAUUUCACUCAUAUUACAUAUAAUUUUUCAUAAUAACAAACAAGUUUAAAAUGUCGAAAAGAAAAUACUGAAAUGCUUGCGUAAGAGCAAUACAGCAUAGAAUUUGAAAACAAACAUCUCUUUCCCCAAUCUGAGUGAUAAUUGAUUACUGUUUGGCAUUCAAGUCUGUUUAGUAAGGGGAAGUGGUUAGAUUUCAUCUAUCGUUAGCAACAGGCUUGAGCACUUUACAGGUGACAGUGAGAUUUAGCUCAGUUCCGCCCCCAAUUUUGAUGGAGAGUGCUCUAGGGCCCAGGUCUGAGAGUCUACCACCAGAGAGGACUUUCGGUUCGUCAUAUAUUUAGAGUUUCCCCAUGCCACAAGAAAUGGAGAUUCAAUGGCUAUAUGAAAAAUUUUAUGUCAGCUGUUUCAUUUUCCACUGUUCAUAAGCAUAAAGUAGUUUUAAACCCAUCUACUUCAUAUAAAAGGCACAAGAAGAAACUGAAUAUAAAGCCAUAUGAAGAUUUAUUAAGAGUGUUGGAAGUCCAUGAAUGUAACCUGGAAAUUGAAGGCAUACUCUCAGAGAAACAUAAUUCUGAAUGUGAACAAAGGGAUUAUGAAAGAGUGAUUUCACAAGAACUGCCACAAUCUUUAGAAGCAAAAUGUGAUAAAUUAUCAGGUAAUCAUCGGGAUUUCAUAAAUGAUGAGGGAAUUUUUACUGUUAAGUAUUCCUUUCCAAAUAAGGGAAAGAAAAAGGCAAAGAAAAUAUCUGAAAAAAACCAAACAGAAUAUAUUCUUGAUGGAAAGCUAAAAAAGCAAAGUUCAAAGAAAACUACAACUAAAGAAAAAGAGCUGACAAAAGUUAAACAAACUUGUAAAAAGGAAAGUCUGAAGAAAGCUCUGAAGGAUGCACAUGCAAUGCAUGCCUUGAAGUCUUAUAUCGAAAUUUGUAUAAAUGUUGAUCAGAUUGAGAAGGCUCAGCAAAUAUAUGAAUAUUAUCGACAGAAAAGCAAAUUAAAAGAUAGUACCAAGCUUCAUGAUGAUAUUGAAAUAUAUAAUUCACUGAUUGUUGGAUGGGCACAAAAAGGCAGGUUGGAUAAAGUUAAACAGAUAUUUCAGUUUAUGUCUAGUGAUAAUAUUGCACCUAAUCUUCAAUCUUAUGCUGGCUACUUGGAGUGUAUUUCUAGAAGAGAGUUUAUUGAUGUUCCAGAAAUUCAAAAUGUUAUAAAUGAAAUGCAUUCAAAAGGUCUUUCUCAUCAGGACAUAUUGCAAAAAUGUAUCUUUGUGGGUGACCAGAGAGAAAAAAUUUUAGAAAUAUUAGGCUUUGUUGAUGCAAGUGUGGCAGUUUCUUCAAAUGAAACGAGUGAAUCAUACUCCUGCAGCCUUCUAAGAAAGCUCAAUGAUAAAGCUUAUGGGAGAGGAGAUAGACAUCCUAACUUUAGUUUCAAAGAAGAUGACAUACAACAAAUUUCUACUAGUCAAAUGCAGUUAGAAAAUGAUUAUAAUAUAAGAAUUAAGUCAGUUGUUGCUCUAGAAGAAGUUAAUGAAAAAGUGAAGAAGUCAAGAACGUAUUUGAAAGAGUGUGAAGAUAUUUGGAGGAAAAAAUUAACCAUCUCCCUAAAGAAUUUAAAAUAUAUGAAGAAAUAUAGUUCCCACCAACCUUCAAUAUAUCCUUACUUGUCUGUCAUUGAUACUGAACUUCUAGUUAAUUUGUUACUUCAGGAAAUUCGUUUACUGGCUGAAACAGGUGAAUUUUUUAGUCCAAAUGUGAAAAUUCUUUAUAAAGAUCUAGGAAUAAAAGUGAUGAAUCAUUACUUCCUUUGGCAGAACAAAAAGAAUAAAGUGACUGAGAAGGUGCAAUUUAUUUAUCAAAAGUAUCUUGCUUACCUUCUUAAUCCAGAGCUAAUUUCAAAUUAUACUCCAAGAGAAUACUGGGAGCAUUUAAAAAAUCAAUAUUCUGAUGGACCAACGAUCGAUGUUUCUGAAUGCUUGUGGUCCUACAGUGUUUUAACUCAUAUAGGAAAGUGUUUAUAUGAUAUUUUGGUGCGCAACAUCGCUUUUAAUGCAAAUGCUGUGCGUCACAAACAUCCAAGCAAGUUUAUGAGUCAAGCAUUUUAUACAGUUUAUGAAACAAAGGAUAUUAAACUCUACAAACAAAUAAGGGCUCAUCCUUUACUUUGUAAACUAUACAGAGAUGCUAAACUUGAUUAUUUAGAAUUCAAUGUCAAUGUAGUACCAAUGUUAUCUCCUCCACGGCCUUGGGUUAAAUAUGAUUUUGGGGGCCUUCUUGUAACUAAAGUUCCGUUCAUCCGGUUUCCAGACCAUGCUAUGCACCAGCUGAAUUACUAUUCAAAAGUACCUACUCAGCAACUAAAUCCUUGUUUUGAUUCAUUAAACAGCCUUUCACUUUGUCCUUGGAUUAUAAAUAAACCUUUGUUAGACAUCGUUAUACAAGUUUUUAGGAAUGGAGGUAGUGAAGAGUUGGAUAUUCCUUUAAAUCCAUCUAGUUUUGCCCCUCCUUUAGAAAUAAAACAUGGUAUGUCAAAAAAGGAAAAGGCAUUAAUUAAAAAACAAAAUAUGGAGCUAGAAAAAAAGAAAGGUGAAGUAACAAGUUUAUGGUUUGACUGUUUAUAUAAGCUGAGCAUAGCAAAUCAUUUCCAAGAAAAAGUCUUUUGGUUUCCACAUAAUUUAGAUUUUAGAGGUCGUGUUUAUCCAACCCCUCCACAUUUUAACCAUUUAGGUAGUGAUAUGGCUAGAAGUAUUCUGUUAUUUGCAGAAGGACAACCAUUAGGAAAGAAAGGUUUAGAAUGGUUAAAAAUUCAUUUGAUUAAUCUUACUGGAUUUAAAAAAAGGGAUACUCAUGAAGAACGUCUAAAGUUUGCUGAUCAGAUGAUACCUGAAAUUUUAGAUUCAGCUAUUCGACCAUUUGAGGGAAACCAGUGGUGGAAAACUUCAGACAAACCAUGGCAAACUCUUGCAUGCUGCAAGGAAUUAGCUAACGCCUUGCGCCUCCCUCAGCCUGAAGAAUAUGUAUCUCAUUUUCCAGUUCACCAAGAUGGCUCGUGUAAUGGAUUGCAACAUUAUGCUGCAUUAGGUCGAGAUGAAUUAGGUGCUAUAGAAGUAAAUUUACAUCCUUCAAAUUCUCCUCAAGAUGUAUACAGUGGAGUUGCAGCUUUAGUAGAAAAAGAACGGCAAAAAGAUGCAGCUGAUGGUGUUGAAAUUGCAAAACUAUUGGAAGGGUUUGUUAAGAGAAAGGUUGUGAAACAGACUGUGAUGACAUUUGUGUAUGGAGUAACAGCAUAUGGAGCUAAGCUGCAGAUUUUAAAGCAGUUGAAAGAUAUACCAGAAUUUCCUAGUCAGUAUUACCAUGAAGCUGCUACUUAUUUGAGGAAGAAGACAUUUUUUAGCAUAAGAGAGAUGUUUACAGCUACUAAAGAAAUUCAGGACUGGUUUACAGAAUGUGCAGAGCAGAUUACAAGAGUAUCAGGUGAUACUCUUGAAUGGGUCACACCUUUAGGACUACCAGUUAUUCAACCUUAUUUUAAAGAAACAUCAGUCAGAAAUUCCAAGAACUGCAUUUCACAGGGAAAAGGCUCAGAAAUACAUUACAACAGUAAAUAUGAACCUUACGCGCUGCCAAAUAUAAGGAAACAAAAAAAUGCUUUUGCACCUAAUUUUAUACAUUCUUUAGAUUCUACUCACAUGAUGCUGACAUCUUUGUUUUGCCAAAGAAAAGGUAUUACUUAUGUCUCCGUCCAUGAUUGUUACUGGACUCAUGCCUCAACUGUAGAAAUUAUGAACAAGAUUUGCCGAGAACAGUUUGUUGCAUUACACAAGGAACCAAUUCUAGAAAAUUUAUCAUCAUUCUUUUUAGAAAAAUAUGCCUAUGUUGCUGAUAAAAAUAUUCAUGAAAAACAAUCAAAGGAAAAAUCAGCAAAGUUAAAGUUGAGGGAUGUUCUGAUGAGAGUUCCUGAAAAAGGUGCAUUUGAUUUAGACAAAGUACUGGAUUCUGUUUAUUUCUUUAGUUGAACUUUAUUAAAAAUUUAUAUUCUGUGUAUACUGAAAAUUUAUAACGUGAUUUUAUCAAAAAUUGUAAAAAAUAUUUAUUUUUUUAUGUAAAUAUAUGUAAAUAAAUAUUUCUACAACAUAUAGCAUCAAAAAAAUUAUUAUUUUAACAGAUUUAAAUUUAAGGUUAAACUAUCAUGUAAUAUGGCUUGAAAGUUGGAAUAGUUCUUGUUUUUGAUGAGAAAUUUAUAAAUUUUUCCACCAUAUUUAAUUUAAAAGAUAUUGUUAAGAGAUAUAAAAUAAAGACUCUCAGUUUUAAACAGCAGAUAUUUAUAACUUAAAACUGUUAUGUUGUCAUAAGUUAAAAUAUUGCCAUAUUUCGUACAUUACAUGAAUAUUAGUCUCUCGUUAUAUUAAUUUAAAAAAUAAAAGUAUAGAAAGCAUUCUGAAUUUUAAGGUCAAACAUCAUCUGAAAAUCCCUGUGAUAAAAUAAAUUGUUAGAUACGUAGAAUAAAUUAUUUUGCCAAGAAAUAUCAUUAUCUGUUAACAAUAUUAAAUUAACCGGCAUAUCGUUUCUAACUGCUGUAAUAUCUUGUUAUUUAAUAAAUAAAUAUAAUUAUUGUUGAAGUGGCAAUGCCAUAUUUGUAUCAAACCGUUACUCAGCAACGAGAGAUAUUGUUUUAAAAAGAUUUAGUUUUCUGAAGAUUU